AUGGGUAUUGUCCUUGGUGUAAAAAGGCUGAUUAAUGUCAUUCUUGUUGUUACUAAGCGUCCAAGCAGACAGAACCCUACAGUCGACGCGAUCGAAACAAUUUUGAGAGAGACAGAAAAAGCGCGGGAUGAAGCAAUAAAGACGCAAAAAGCACAAGCUGCCAAGAUUAAAAAGUUAGAAAAGGAAAAUGCCUUAAUCCGAAGCGUUUCUUUAGAGGCAAAGCCAACCAAACAGCAAUAUGAAGAAGCUAAGUCUAUGCUCAAAGACCCCAAUGGACUUUUUUACCAUUUCGCUGUUGCUGGACAUGCUGGUACUGGGAAGUCUUCUUUAAUCAAUGCUCUCCGAGGUUGUAAAGAUAAAGAUAAAGGUGCGGCCAAAGUUGGCGUUGCUGAGACAACCAUGGAGAUAGGCCGAUAUCCAGACAAUAACUCAGCAUUUGAUAAGUUUGUAUGGUACGAUAUUCCAGGUGCUGGCACACAAUUAAACAGCCAGUGGCAGUAUUUCCAUGAUAAAAGGCUUUUUGUUUUCGACUUUGUUAUUAUUUGUUGGAAAGACCGAAUCAUGGAGACCGAUAUGCAAAUCCUCAAGUCAUGUAAAACGUGGAACAUACCUACAUUCUUUGUUCGGACAAGUUCCAAAACGCACAUCUUUAACUUAAUGCAAAGCGAAGAGAUUACAAACAAAGACGCAACUGCUGAACUUAGAAAUACGACACGCAAAACUGUUGAAGAAAAUUUCAGACAAGGCAAUUAUAAUGGCCCGGCAAAGGUUUAUAUCACCGAUAGAUAUGUCUUGCAACAAAUUGUUUCGAAUUUUACAAAAAAGUUUCAUUUGGUAAAAGAUUAUAACUUUACUGCAGAUGAUAUGCGUGAAAUAGUAAAUGUACAAGGCAUAAUCGACGAACCUAGUUUUUUAAUGGACCUCGUUGUAACAGCUAGAGAGCGUCGAUGUAAGAAGCUUAAUCUUUCACAAUGA